AUGUACAGAAUGGAACCGAGCUACGACCGAGUGUCCUCGAGUGAAGAUGGGCUCGAUGAGCCCAAGAAGCGCCCCGAGCCUCAAAGACUGCGGCCCUGGGCCCGGAAUAUCCUCCUCUUAUCCUGUCUCGCGAGUGCCCUGACGGGUGCAGUUUUUGGGUCCAUCUCCUCGACAUUGACCACCUCAGCGGUCAGUCAUUUCCAUGUCAACGUCAACGACGCCCACGCAUCCGACCUGUCUCCUUCAUCGGUGGUAGAACCCGUCAGCGUUGAAGCGGCGGAUUUCAUGCUCGACUGCGGCGACACCCCGGCCAAGGCGCGAGCCCAAGGGUGCAUCUUUGACACUAUGCUGCAACUCUGGGUGCCCCCAGCGUGCCUGGAUUCCAAGCUCACCGAGCGAUUUGUGGCCGAGGGCAAUUGGACAUGGUACGCCGACAAAAAGGCCCAGCAUCCUAUCCCCUAUGAGGUGCUGAGCCGCGGCGACCAUCAGGUCGCAUUUGCGGCGGACAACUACCAUCGAUCGCACUGCUACUAUACCUGGGAGGUGCUGGUGCGCGCCCUCCGCAACCACAGCCCGAUCAUGGAGGAGAUGAUUUCCUACGACCACGUCAUGCACUGUCGGAUGGCUGGCUUGCUGCCCAUGGAAUAUGACAAGACCGUGGCAGUGGAGAUUCAUCCGGGAUACACCAAAUGUGCGCCCUAUAGCACUUGGAUUCGAAAUCUUCCGGAAGACAAGCAUUCGUCCCUAGAGUAG